CAGCUGCUCGGCGGCGGCGGAGGGGCCUCCUUUUGUUCACCAGCUGCGCCUGCCGGCCCCGCUUCCUCCGUGCCUGCCCUUCCCGGAGCCCUCCUCCUCCUCGUCUUCCUCCUCCUCGUCCUGCCGGGUCCGGAGCGGGGCAGGGCGCGGGGCUCGCUCCGCCGGGAGUGCCCCGAGCCCCCGGAGCCGCGGGCUGGCCCAGCCGCUGCGAGCCGCCUUCCUUCCCAUCCGGAGAAUUAAGGCUGCUCUGCAAGUUGACUAAUUGUUACCUGGCCAACGAUAACUGCCUGGAUGGAGGAAAGGCUUGGCUUAAUUCUCUUUUCCGCUUCGCGUUGCUCCAGUUUUUUGGGGUUUUUUUUUCAGAAAAAGUUGGAUCGACUCGAACCUUUUUAAAACGCUGGGGUUGUUGGAGUGGUUGAAUUUUUCCUGGCUUUGAGUGAGAAAUUCAGAAGACUGAAGCCCAGGCUCACUGUCUACCUUUCACGGAGGCCCAGCCGUGAGAGGACAGAAGAAGGCACGUGGCGAAUCAUGACAGCAGACAAGGAGAAAGACAAAGACAAAGAGAAGGACAGGGACCGGGACCGGGACAAGGAGCGGGACAAGCGGGACAAGGCGAGGGAGAGCGAGAACUCGCGGCCCCGGCGCAGCUGCACCUUGGAGGGAGGCGCCAAGAACUACGCGGAGAGCGACCACAGCGAGGACGAGGACAAUGACAACAACAGUGCCACCACCGAGGAGUCCACCAAGAAGAGCAAAAAGAAACCCCCCAAGAAGAAGUCCCGCUACGAGAGAACCGACAACGGCGAGAUAACGUCCUUCAUCACCGAGGACGACGUCGUGUACAGGCCUGGAGAUUGCGUUUAUAUCGAAAGUCGCCGGCCGAACACGCCCUAUUUCAUCUGCAGCAUUCAAGACUUCAAACUGAGCAAGAGGGACCAUCUGCUGAUGAAUGUGAAGUGGUACUACCGCCAGUCCGAGGUGCCUGACUCGGUGUACCAGCACCUGGUGCAGGACAGGCACAACGAGAACGAUUCGGGACGGGAGCUGGUGAUCACUGACCCGGUCAUCAAGAACCGCGAGCUCUUCAUCUCCGACUACGUGGACACCUACCACGCUGCUGCCCUCAGAGGGAAGUGCAACAUCUCCCAUUUCUCUGACAUAUUUGCUGCUAGAGAGUUCAAGGCACGAGUGGAUUCAUUUUUCUACAUCCUGGGCUAUAAUCCAGAGACAAGGAGGCUAAACAGUACCCAAGGUGAAAUCAGAGUUGGACCCAGCCACCAGGCCAAGCUCCCUGACCUGCAGCCGUUCCCUUCCCCAGACGGGGACACGGUGACACAGCACGAGGAGCUGGUGUGGAUGCCAGGAGUCAACGACUGUGACCUGCUCAUGUACCUCAGGGCAGCCAGGAGCAUGGCAGCCUUUGCAGGGAUGUGUGACGGGGGAUCCACGGAGGAUGGAUGUGUGGCUGCCUCCCGGGACGACACCACCCUCAACGCCCUCAACACGCUACAUGAAAGUAACUACGAUGCUGGAAAAGCCCUGCAGCGCUUGGUGAAGAAACCUGUGCCAAAGCUGAUUGAGAAAUGUUGGACUGAAGAUGAAGUGAAACGGUUUAUUAAGGGGUUGAGGCAGUACGGCAAGAACUUCUUCCGAAUCCGAAAGGAGUUGCUUCCCAAUAAGGAGACCGGAGAGCUGAUCACCUUCUAUUACUACUGGAAGAAGACCCCCGAGGCGGCGAGCUCGCGCGCGCACCGGCGGCACCGGCGCCAGGCCGUGUUCCGCAGGAUCAAAACCCGCACGGCCUCCACGCCGGUCAACACCCCCUCCAGACCCCCCUCCAGCGAGUUCUUGGACCUGAGCUCGGCCAGUGAAGAUGACUUUGACAGCGAGGACAGCGAGCAGGAGCUGAAGGGCUACGCCUGCCGCCACUGCUUCACCACCACCUCCAAGGACUGGCACCACGGCGGCCGAGAGAACAUUCUGCUGUGCACGGACUGUCGCAUUCACUUCAAGAAAUACGGGGAGCUGCCGCCCAUCGAGAAGCCCGUGGACCCCCCACCCUUUAUGUUCAAGCCUGUGAAAGAGGAAGAUGAUGGCCUCAGUGGGAAGCAUAGCAUGAGGACACGGCGGAGUCGAGGCUCGAUGUCGACCCUACGCAGUGGCAGGAAGAAGCAGGCAGCCAGCCCCGAUGGCCGGGCCUCCCCCAUCGCCGAGGACGUGCGCUCCAGCGGCCGCAACUCGCCCAGCGCCGCCAGCACCUCCAGCAACGACAGCAAGGCCGAGUCCGUAAAGAAAUCCACCAAGAAGAUAAAAGAAGAGGUGUCUUCUCCUCUCAAGAACUCCAAGAGGCAGCGGGAAAAGGCAGCAUCUGACACGGAAGAACCUGACAGGUCCAAUGCCAAAAAAUCCAAAACUCAAGAGAUCAGCAGGCCCAACUCCCCCUCGGAGGGCGAGGGCGAAGGCGAGAGCUCCGACAGCCGCAGCGUCAACGACGAGGGGAGCAGCGACCCCAAGGACAUCGACCAGGACAACCGCAGCACGUCCCCCAGCAUCCCCAGCCCCCAGGACAAUGAGAGCGACUCGGAUUCCUCCGCUCAGCAGCAAGUGCUGCAGGCGCAGCCCCAGGUGCUGCAGGCCCCGAGCGGCUCUGCCCAGGCCGCCGCUCCCACCCCGCCGGCCCCGGCCCCGCUGCCGGCGCUGCCGCCCGCGUCCAGCGCCGCCCCGGCCCCCGCGCAGGUGUCGCCGCCGGCGGCGCAGCCCUCGGGCCAGUCCCAGCCCCCCGGCGCUCACUCGCACAUCCAGCAGGCCCCGGCGCUGCACCCGCAGAGGCUCCCGUCCCCCCACCCUCCCCUGCAGCCCCUGAGCGCGCCCCAGAGCCAGCCCCCGGCCGCCCCGGCGCAGCCCCCGCUGCACGGCCAGGCCCAGCCGGCCCCUCACGGCCUGCAGGCGCAGCCGCUGCUGCCCCACGCCGGCCCUGCCCAGCCCUUCUCCCUGCCCGCUCAGUCGGCUCAGUCUCAGGUGCCCCUCCAGACUCAAGCCCCGUCGCACUCGCACUCGGGCCUGCAGGUGACGCAGCCCGUGCUGCCCGGCACGACCUCGCUGCAGCCGGCGCAGCCCCCGCGCGAGCAGCCGCUGCCGCCCGCCCCCAUGGCCAUGCCUCACAUCAAACCUCCCCCCACCACCCCCAUCCCGCAGCUCCCCGCUGCUCCGGCCCACAAGCACCCUCCCCAUCUCUCUGGGCCCUCUCCGUUCUCCAUGAACUCCAACUUGCCUCCGCCGCCCGCGCUGAAGCCUCUGAGCUCGCUCUCGACUCACCACCCUCCAUCCGCACACCCUCCUCCCCUGCAGCUGAUGCCUCAGAGCCAACCGCUGCAGUCCUCGCAAGCCCAGCCUCCCGUUCUGACCCAGAGCCAGAGCCUUCCCCCUCCUGCCAGUCACCCCCCCUCUGGACUCCAUCAGGUUUCCUCCCAGCCCCCCUUCUCUCAGCACCCCUUUGUGCCCGGGGGUCCCCCUUCCAUCACGCCUCCUUCGUGCCCCUCCACUUCCACGCCGCCCACCGUGCCUGGCAUCCCUCUUCAGACCCCCAUCUCCACGUCAGCAGCUUCUAGUGGGACCGUGCCCGUGGUGACAGCCUGCACGCUGCCACCCAUCCAGAUCAAGGAGGAGGUCCCAGAUGAAGCUGAGGAGCCAGAGAGCCCUCCUCCUCCACCCCGGAGCCCAUCCCCAGAGCCCACCGUGGUGGAUAUCCCAAGCCACGCCAGUCAGUCAGCCAGGUUCUAUAAGCACCUGGACCGUGGCUACAAUUCAUGCUCCAGGGCAGAUCUGUACUUCAUGCCUCUGGCAGGAUCCAAACUGGCCAAGAAGAGAGAAGAGGCCAUCGAAAAGGCCAAAAGGGAAGCAGAGCAGAAAGCCAGGGAAGAGAGGGAAAGAGAAAAAGAAAAAGAGAAGGAAAGAGAGAGGGAGCGUGAGCGUGAGAGAGAAGCGGAAAGAGCUGCGCAGAAGGUGUCCAGCUCCUCCCACGAGGGCCGUCUCGGCGAGUCCCAGCUCAGCGGGCCAGCCCACAUGAGGCCUUCCUUCGAGCCCCCCCCGACCACCAUCGCGGCCGUGCCCCCCUACAUCGGGCCGGACACGCCGGCGCUACGGACGCUGAGCGAGUACGCGCGGCCCCACGUCAUGUCCCCGACCAACCGCAACCACCCCUUCUUCGUGCCCCUCAACCCCACGGACCCGCUGCUGGCCUACCACAUGCCCGGCCUCUACAACGUGGACCCCACCAUCCGGGAGCGGGAGCUGCGCGAGCGUGAGAUCCGGGAGCGCGAGAUCCGGGAGCGGGAGCUGCGCGAGAGGAUGAAGCCCGGCUUCGAGGUGAAGCCCCCGGAGCUGGACGCGCUGCACCCGGCCACCAACCCCAUGGAGCAUUUCGCCAGGCACGGGGCACUGACUAUCCCACCCACGGCGGGGCCUCACCCCUUCGCCUCCUUCCACCCGGGGCUGAACCCCCUGGAGAGGGAGAGACUGGCGCUGGCGGGGCCGCAGCUGCGGCCGGAGAUGAGCUACCCGGACAGGCUGGCGGCCGAGCGCAUCCACGCCGAGCGCAUGGCCUCGCUCACCAACGACCCCCUGGCGCGGCUGCAGAUGUUCAACGUCACCCCCCACCACCACCAACACUCACACAUACACUCGCAUCUACACCUACACCAGCAGGACCCCCUACACCAAGGCUCAGCAGGACCUGUUCAUCCACUGGUGGAUCCUUUAGCAGCUGGACCCCACCUGGCACGUUUUCCCUACCCACCUGGGACCAUCCCAAACCCAUUGCUAGGGCAGCCACCUCAUGAGCAUGAAAUGCUCCGACAUCCAGUCUUUGGUACUCCCUACCCUCGGGAUCUGCCUGGUGCCAUUCCACCUCCCAUGUCAGCAGCCCACCAGCUGCAGGCCAUGCACGCCCAGUCCGCAGAGCUGCAAAGACUGGCAAUGGAGCAGCAGUGGUUGCACGGGCACCCUCACAUGCACGGCGGGCACCUACCCAGUCAGGAAGAUUAUUACAGUCGACUGAAAAAAGAAGGCGACAAACAGUUGUAAUAAAUUAUUUAUUUGUAACGCUGGCUAUGGAAACCCCAGUCCUUGGGAAGGAGUGGAACAUUUUUACAUACAAGAAGAGCUACAAAAGGAAAAGAAUAUCUUAUAAAGAUUUCUUUAUAUAUUUAAAACAGAAGCAACCACCCAACAAGUAGAGACUUAUCAGCAUAGUGUUCAUUUGUAGAGAAGAUUUCUCAAGACUGGUGUGGGUCUCCCUGCAUGAAAACGUAUUCAGAAGCCUAUUGGAAAUACAGGACCGUGUGGAAUAUUCAGAGAACUUCCUGCAAUCUUGUUUUUUUUUUUUUUUUUCUUUUCUUUUCUUUUCUUACUAGUUUGUUUUCAGUAGGUGCUAGAAUCAGGUUCACAACACAAGUCACUGUGCGUGAAGGGACACUCAAUGCAUCUAUAGGUAACUAAAAAAAAAAACAAGGAUUGCAAGUAGGUGACAUAACAAGCUCUGAAUCCAAGUGCUAUAAUAAUAAAAAAUCUACUUUUAUUUUAAUACAUUGUAGGAAAUCUUCAUAAUUUUAAAGAGAGCUCAGUUCUGCAGCAUGGCUUUUUAAGUCUGUAAAUAACUUUUUUUGGGUAGAGGGGAGAAACAAAACAAAACAAACUCCAGAAACGUUUAUCUUGAUUUUCAGUAACAUCACAAAUUGUGAAUUCCUACCUGGUAUUGACAGAAUACAGAGUUGAUUUUUUAAUAAAAUAUAUAUAUAUAAUUAUCCCUUUAAUUAAAGGGAAUGAUGGGUAUCAAUAAUUUCAAAUGGGUAAAAGCUUGAAAUUUGGUUUGAUAUCAACAAUAAGCAUUAAAGGGAUUUGCAGGGAUAAUGUUGCAAAUGACUGUUUCUGUUCUUGGUUUUUUGGUUGGUUUGGUUGUUUGGGGGUUUUUGUUCGUGUUCCAUCUCUCUGUUCUGCAGCUGAUUUUGUUGAGUUGGGUUUCUCAGCAGCUCAGAUGUCCCUUGGACCCCGCUGGCCCUUUUGAUGCCACCUUCAACGGUUCAUUUUCAGUGUGGCCAUAAAACACUUCUUUCCUGUGACCUUUUGAAACUUAAUCUAGCUCCGUUGGGUUUAGACUUUGGGCAGAAAGUUCAGAAAAAUAAUAGUUCUAAAAAUCUCUUUUUAAAGAUGUUCCAUGGCUCAAACUAGUGCAGCCAGAAUUUUGUAUGCCCGUGCGUACUUUGGGAGGACGUGCUUUUCCUGGCCUCCUGUUUGAUUAAAUUCUUAAGAAAAGUGGACUUGGCAACUUGGUGUUCAUAAAGUUGUGUUGCGAAGACCAGUCUUGUUUUUCUCUUUGAGUGUUUUAAGUUUGGGUUUUUAAUAAGCAAAAACUGUUCAACUGCCACCAGUGUUGUGUCCUUCAGGAACUGACUGCUCUGGGAUGAGCGGGAUCCAUGGACAGUGACAUUUACUGCCUCCCAACCCCGCAGUCCCUGCAGGGUAACUCCUGUUGGCUGCUUUCACCAGGAUGGGGAGAGGAGAGGAAUACACAGUGAGCAUUAAUGGAGACAGCUCUGCUUACGAGGCAGAUUUUUAAAGUUUUUUUCCCCGUUUUUGCCACAGUUUUUCUUUGCUGGAGCAGAGGGUGAUGUGACCAAUGGACAUCUGAACCUGCUGGUCAUUUUUUCUGCUGGUGCACAACUCCCCCAUUCUCUUCUCUCCACUCACGAGUGCUCUCUCUGCUGUUGUAGCCUGUUCAGUGUGAUGGUUGUGUCCUAGGACUGUACUGAGCCACUCUGAUAAAGUUGUAGUUAAUCAGCUGCAGGCACACAGUGCUCAUCCACCUCCUGCUGCUCAGCCCAGAGCUGCUGGCAGACAAUUCACCAGUUAAAAAUGUUCUAGGCCCACCAAGGCAAGAGUAGAGGGGAGAGCAGGGGAUUUUUCAGCUGAUGUUCCCUUUUUCCUGUGCUCUGCUGCAGAUUGCCCAGUGCUGUGAUGUUUAAUCAGUCCUGCAGCGUUUAACUCUGGGUGAAGGUGUUGAGAGGAGCAGGUUGUGUUUCUCAGGUGGGGAACCACGAGGUCCAACCCUCAGAAUGGAGGGAGGUGAAAUCCUUGUCCGUGGCUGUGGGCAGUGAUGGGGACAAGGUUUCCUUAUGGAACAGGGAUUGUUUUUGCUCAUGGCUGAGCAGCCAGGCGGAUGCGCCUGCUCAGCAGAGAGUGCCUCAGUUUGUUUUAAAGGUCUCAUCAGGCACAUUUCAGUUCAACCGCUCCCCUCCUUUUGUUUCACCAUGUGGAAUUGGGGAGUUUUGGAGAGUUCAGCCGUUUUUUCUGACCCUUUUCUUGCUGUUUUUUAUCUGUAGUUCUUCAAAAAAAGGAAAAGCUAAUUCCCUCCAGUGGUCCUCUCUGUAUUCCUUAUUUUUUUAGCUGAAGUUGCAGUCUGUUCUAAAGCUGUUCAUUGAUAUUUUUUUUCCCCAGAAGUGUGUUCUAAUAAUUUAUGGGAGCUUUUUUGUUCACAUCAUUCAGCAAAUAAGCACUGAAUUCUUCCAUUUUAGCCCAGUGAUUAACUACAACUUUACCUGCGGUGGCUUCUGAAGCCAUCUCGGUGUUAAAAAAAACAACCCAGACCUUUUGAUUUUCUUUCAAGAAAUCUCUCUUAUUUUUCCUCUGUUCCAAAAGUUUAUUUUUAAAUUUUGCUUUAGUGUUUUUGAAACGUCUCUCUUGUUCUAUGUCGUCAUGGUUGAGCUUGUUUCACUGCACCGUUAAAGCAGAGUGUACAUUCUGACUGCUACAUUUAUAUAUAUCUUGAAGCUUAAUGUAUAUAUGAGUAGUUUGCCAUGGGAUAACACAGUGUAAACAGAGUAGAAACCCAGAAAUCGUGACUUCUGUGUUCUCUCCAUUUGAGUAUUUUGUAAUUUUUUUGAAAUAUUUGUGGACAUAAAUAAAACCAAGCUACACUACAGCAGCCAGGUUUUGCCUGCAAGUGAAA